AUGCUUGGCUGCAGUUUAGUAGAUGAUCCUCCGCGGCAAUCAUGGCUUCUUUACUCAAGACGGCUUCUUCACUCAAUAUGGCUUCUUCACUCAAGAUGGCUACUUCACUCAAUUUGGCUUCUUCACUCAAGCUGCAACACCGCAAGCUUCAACCAUUCUGACCUUCAACAGAAGGGAGCUGACGCUGCUUCAAACUUUCAAGUGACGCUGCUGAAGUUGAAGUUCCUGUCGAAGUUGCUGAAUUUGAAGCAGUGCUGCUGCAAUUCAAGUGAUGCAGCUGGAUCCCCUACCAUCCGCAACCCUCCGUCCAACACUCGACAUACGCCAUCCGCCACCUUGAAGUCCUCCAAUCCGGAUUUCAAUGAAGGGAUGAUGCAACUGGAUUUGAAGAGAAGCAGCCCCCUGCCAUCGGCCACCCUCCAUCCAAGACUCGACAUACGCCAUCCGCUGCCCGCCAAGUCUUCAAAUCCGAAAUUCAAUGAAGGGAGCUGCUGCUUCAAACUGAAUCCUCCAAUCCGGAUUUCAAUGAAGGGAGUUGACGCUGCUUCAAAUGGUGCUGCUGGCAUUGAAGUGAUGCAGCUGGAGUUCAAGAAAAGCAGCCCCUGCCACCCGCCACCCUCCAAUCAACACUCGACAUACGCCAUCCGCCACCCGCAAUUCCUCCAAUUUGAAUUUCAGAAGGAACCGACGUGCUGCACUAGUCACUUGGCGCUGAAAGCGAAUUUGGAGCUGCGAGGACCAGAUCGGAGCUGCAAGGACCAGAAUGGGAGGAGCUGCAGGGAGGACCUGAAUGGGACUUGCUGGAAGGAGCUGUUGGGAGUUGCAGCUGCACGGCGCCGCAACUUAUUAAGUAAGCUGUCUCCUUACGCUGGCUCUUUACACUCUUUUAAGCUUGACUCAGGCUGCUGGGAGGAGCUGCACUGCACGACGCUUCAACUUUCAAGCUGCGAUCCACAAAGAAACAAGGAGCUGCUGGGAGGACCUGCUGUGAGGACCUGCUGUAAGGAUUUGCACUGCACAACGCUGCAACUUCCAAGCUGCGACCCACAAAGGAAGGCACCUACCACUGCUGCUGGAGCUGAAGUCACACCGGAGCUGCUGAAAGGACCUGAAUGGGGGGAGGAGCUGCGUGGAGGAGCUGAAUGGGUGGAGCUGUUGGGAGGUGCUGAAUGGGUGGAGCUGCUGGCAGGUGCUGAAUGGGAGGAGCUGCUGCUACUUAAGAGGAAGCUGCUGGGAGGAGUUGGCAUGGCAUGUUAUGGCAUGGCAUGGCGUGGCUUGGCAAGGCAUGGAAUGGCGUGGCAUGGCAUGUCAUGGCAUGGGAUGGCAUGGAUUGGCAUGGAAUGGUAUGGUCUGGCAUGGAAUGGUAUGGUCUGGCAUGGAAUGGUGUGGUAUGGCAUGGAAUGGUGUGGUAUGGUAUGGCAUGGAAUGGUGUGGUAUGGCGUGGAAUGGCAUGGAAUGGUGUGGUAUGGCGUGGAAUGGCAUGGAAUGGCAUGGAAUGGCAUGUUAUGGUAUGGCAUGAUGGCAUGGCAUGGGAGGAGCUGCUGGUUGGAUCUGCACUGCACGGCGCUGCUGGGAGGAUCUGCACUGCACGACGCUUCAACUUUCAAGCUGGGACCCAUAAAAAACCAACGAUUCCGCCGCGCAAUGGGGGCUGCCUGGGUGCCUCGACCAGGAGGGGUCUGA